AUGCCACCCCCCUCAUCCUUCAGCAACAUCUCCCACCGCCUCCUCGACAAUGCCCGCCUAGCCAGCGCCCCUACGAGGCCUGCAGACCCCUCCUUGACGGCGGCCAUCGCAGACCUCGCUCUCCACCCCACGCUCGAAGCCACCUGCCACAUUCUCAAUCACGACCUGCCCUCUGCACACUUCCUCGUGCGGCACAUGCAAGCCCCGCCCGCGCUGGAAGGGAUGCUGCUGCACAGCAUCCUUCACCGGAGCGAGGGCGACUUCGGCAACGCACGGCUGUGGCUCGGUGACGUCGGCGACGCGUGUGAGGGGUGGGUGCCGAAGAAACGUCGUGACGGCGAACGGCUGGAUGUGGAUGUAGCGGGGCGGUGCGCGUGUCCGAGCUUCGACGCGUCGCUUGUCGAUUAUGUGUAUGGCGAGCAGGGGGUCGAGGGGGCGCAGAUGUUGGUGGAUGAUGUGGAAGCGUUUCGCAAGCGGAAGGGUGGGGAGAGCGAAGAGGGGAGGUUGAAUGAGAGGAUUAGGGAGGAGAUGACGAAGGGAAUGGAGUGGUGUGUUGAGAAGUUUGGGACGCGGCGGUAUGCCGAUGCGAGCAAAGCGUGGGUCAAGAAUAGCGAGGAGGUGCAGAAGAUUAGCAAUGAUAUGGUGAGCGGGGGGAAGGGGCAUCGCGAGUUCUAA